AUGCCGCCCCAACAAGUCGCCGACGCCGCGAUAAACGGCUUCGACAACGCCUCAGCAUAUGACGCCCAUCGCCCGUCGUACCCGGCCCCGGCAGUCCAGGCCCUACUGCACAACCUCGAGCUGGUCAAGAAGCCUAAUGCGAAGAUAGUCGACCUUGCGGGCGGGACGGGCAAAUUUACAGAGCUACUGGCGGCCCGGGAGGAGCACUUUGAAAUUGUGGCAGUGGAGCCGUUGGCCAGGAUGCGACAGAGUCUCGUAGACAAGCGAUUAGAAAACGUUGAGGCGAUGGAUGGAUUAGCCACGCGUAUGAAUCUGGAUGAUGGGUGGGCUGAUGCCGUCGUUGCCGCGCAGGUACGUUUUACACCAUUGCAGUCUGUAUAUCGGACGGGUGCUGAUGAGUACGCCCCGCAGUCUUUCCACUGGUUUGCCAACGACGAAGCGUUGAGGGAGAUCCGCCGCGUGCUUAGGCCCGGCGGCCACUUUGGCUUCGUUUGGAACAUUGAGGAUUGCACGUCUCCGAGAGCAACCCCCUCCCCAGGCUUGUUUCUUGGCCGGAGUACUGACCAUGGUGCAGAUAACCAGCCUGCGGCUUGGGCUGCUUCUACUGCCUGGGAGGGAAAAUUGAAGCACCUCAUCAUGACACUCCCACCGGACGGGACUCAUCGAUUCCGCGACGAUACAUGGCGAGACGUGUUUGAGCGCCAGGCUCGUGAUCCGGCGCCGUUAUUCACCACGCCUGUUGGGCGGGACAAGAUUCCGUUUACGGUCUGGCUGACCAAGGAGUUGCUGUGGGAGCGGAUCCAGACGUUGAGCCAGGUUGCGGUGCUUCGAGAUGCUGACAGGGACGCCUUCAGGGCCAGUUUUGAUGGAAUUAUGAGCGAGGGAGAUCAGGUCUGGAACGACAAGGGGGAGGUUGAGUUUCAUGGGUUCACGGUGUACGGGUGGACGAGCAGGCUGUAG